CAAAUUACAAAAACACUCUUGGGCAUGAUUCACCCUCUUAGGAAGAAUCAAUGAGUUUUUACCUUUCCCUUUUUUUGUUCACAGUUUCAAGAUUCUGAGAAAAAUGAACAAGACCAACUUCACCAGACUCUUUCAUUCCACUCAUCACUUGCAACGCAAAGCUCACACCUUUCGGGAAUCCAGAUGCAACGAUCACUCGAGAAGAUUCGGAAGACUUCGUGCCAAACAAACACUGCUCCGCGAUGUCAAUGCUUACGCGCAAUUCAUGUUUCCGAGUGGGAAAGAAGAUGUCGAUGAGGAUGAUCCUUCUCCCAGUCAAGGCCCGUCCUGGUUCAGAAAACACUCUGGAAGGCACUGGAAUGGCAAACAAAGAUCAAAACAUCGGUUCAGAAGAGGUCAUGAAUUUUGCAAAGAUGAUUUUGAUGUUGAGACUGGUUUUCGCUCUUCCUUCGGUGGCAAUGGAUCUUUCUAUUGGUCCUUUAUAAAUGAGGAGAAUCGUCAGAAGAGGUCAGGAGGUUUUUCUAAUAACAGGAAAUCUCAGAAGUGGAGACAUCAAAGUGAAAAUGAAUAUGGCAAAUCAACCAAAGCAGAGUCUGAUUGUUCACACUCAGAUGUAGUUUCAUAUAGAUUAGCCCUUGGAUUGAGUGAUUCUGGCCCUCUGAAACUUGAAGAUGUGAAAAAUGCGUACCGCAUAUCUGCUUUAAAGUGGCAUCCAGAUCGUCAUCAAGGCUUUUCUAAGGUUAUAGCAGAGGAAAGGUUCAAGCAUUGCAGUGCUGCUUAUCAAUCUUUGUGUGAUAAACUGACCUUGUAUUAGGGAAAAAUCAACCAGAGUUACAUUCAUGAGACAUGCCAUAGUCUGUCAUCAUCAUUGUAGUUGAGUUGUCAGCAUGGUCCUUUUCUUCUACCUCAAAAUAAUGCUGAUUAUUUAUUAUUGAGAGAAACCUGUCAUUUUAAGAAAAAAAAAUAGAGAAAUAUCACUUGUGG